UCUCUCUCUCUCUCUCUCUCCGCCCCUUUGUUUUUUUUCUCCAAUGAUGAAACAGGAACCACGCAUACAGAUUUCAGAGAAAACGAAACUGAUCUCUGUGUGCUGUUCGCUCUCUCAGUGUGUGAGUGCAGGAAAAUGGCUGAGGCCAGUAUUUCAGUAGAUCAGGACCAGUUCAGCUGUCCAGUGUGUCUGGAUCUCCUGAAGGAUCCGGUGACUCUCCCCUGUGGUCACAGUUUCUGUAAGGAGUGUAUUAAUGGCUGCUGGGAUCAGGAGGAUCAGAAGGGCGUCUACAGCUGUCCUCAGUGCAGACACACUUUCACUCCAAGGCCUGUUCUACACAGAAACAACAUGCUGACUGAAGUGGUGGAGAAACUGAAGAAGACUGAACUCCAAGCUGCUUCUCCUGCUCACUGUUACGCUGGACCUGGAGAUGUGGAGUGUGAUUUCUGCACCGGGAGAAAAAACAAAGCCGUCAAGUCCUGUCUGAUGUGUUUGACUUCAUUUUGUGAAACUCAUCUGAAACCUCAUCUGGAAAUUUCUGGUUUAAAGAAACACACAUUAAUUGAAGCCUCAGCAGAACUACAAGAGAAGAUCUGCUCUGAACAUAACAAGCUGAUUGAGAUCUACUGUCGUACUGAUCAAACCUGCAUCUGUUAUUUGUGUAUGAUGGAUAAUCACAAAGGACACGACACCGUCACAGCCACAGCAGAAAGAGCUGAGAAACAGAGUGAGUUAAAGGAGGAGCAGAUGAAAUCCCAGGAGAGAAUCCAGGAGAAGCAGAAGAAGGUGCAGGAGCUGAAACAGGCUGUGAACACUAUAAAGCUGAGUGCACAGACAGCAGUGGAGGACAGUGAGAGGAUCUUUACUGAGCUGAUCAGCUCCAUGGAGAAAAAGCGCUCGGAGGUGACGGAGCUGAUCAGAGCUCAGGAGAAGGCUGAACUGAGUCGAGCUGAACGACUCCUGGAGCAACUGGAGCAGGAGAUUGCUGAUCUUCAGAGGAGAGUCACUGAGCUGGAGCAGCUUUCACACACACUUGAUGACAUCCAUUUCCUCCAGGCUUUAGCUUCUGGACGUCAGUCUCCCACACACGAUAGACCAGAUUUUCACGCAUCCGGCAUCGCUUUCCAUCAACAUCUCUCAUUUGAUGGAGUGAGGAAUUCUCUUUCAGACCUGAAGAAGAGACUUGAGGAAUUCUGUGAGGAGGAAUUCAGUAAAAUCCCUCCACAAGUUGAGGACGUUCAGAUUUUACCCUCAGAGCCAAAAAGAAAAGGAGAUUUUCUGAAAUGUGAGUUUAAUAUUUGGGCCAUAACCCCAGAAGAGAGAGAAGAGCAUGAUAAACAGUUUGAUUUAUUUACUCACACACUGGGAUACGUGUCAGGAGUUCAAGUGCGCAAGUUUUUUCUGCAGUCUGGACUUCCUGUUUCAAUACUGGCUAAGAUCUGGGAGUUGGCUGACAUGGGGGAGGAUGGAAAGAUGGAUCGUUUGGAGUUCUCCAUUGCCAUGAAGCUGAUUAAGCUGCAGCUCCAGCGUCAUCCCCUCCCUACGUCUCUGCCAAUCAUCAUGAAGCAGACCCCGGUCCCUGUUAUGAAAUCUUCGGAAUGCUUCGGGUCCCAUAAACACAAUGCUGACAUCACAAAUAAAUUCAAUGCUGAACACGGGAACCCCAAAACAGGCAGAAAUUCCAUUUUUUUGGCCUCUGAUUUCCGUUAUCUGACUCUGGAUCCCAACACGGCACACCGUAACCUCAGACUGUCUGAGAAGAACAGAGCGGUGAGAUACAGUGAGAGAGAGCAGCAGUACUCUGAUCAUCCAGAGAGAUUUGACUCCUGGCCUCAGGUGUUGUGUAAGGAGAGUGUGUGUGGACGCUGUUACUGGGAGGUGGAGUGGAGCAGUAUGUUAGGUGUUGUGUCCAUAUCAGUCUCAUAUAAAGACAUCAGCAGGAAAGGAAAGGGUGAUGAGUGCAGGUUUGGACGUAACAAUCAGUCCUGGAGUCUGGAGUGUUCUUCUUCUUCUUCUUCUCUCUCUUUCUGGCACAACAACAUUAACACUAAGCUCAGAGGUCCAUCAUCCUCCAGAAUAGGAGUGUAUGUGGAUCACAGUGCAGGAACUCUGUCCUUCUACAGCGUCUCUGACACGAUGAAGCUCCUCCACAGAGUCCACACCACAUUCACUCAGCCUCUGUACGCUGGGAUUGGAGUUGGUUUAUUUUCAAAAGCAAGAUUGUGCGAUUCAGAAAAGCUGAAAGUUCAUUCAGUGAAAACUAAACUGGUUUCUGCAUACUUCUCGCUCUCUUUCUCAGUGUGUGAGUGCAGGAAAAUGGCUGAGGCCAGUAUUUCAGUAGAUCAGGACCAGUUCAAAUGUCCAGUGUGUCUGGAUCUCCUGAAGGAUCCAGUGACUAUCCCCUGUGGUCACAGUUUCUGUAAGGUGUGUAUUAAUGGCUGCUGGGAUCAGGAGGAUCAGAAGGGCGUCUACAGCUGUCCUCAGUGCAGAGACACUUUCACUCCAAGGCCUGUUCUACGCAGAAACAACAUGCUGACUGAAGUGAUGGAGAAACUGAAGAAGACUGAACUCCAAGCUGCUUCUCCUGCUCACUGUUACGCUGGACCUGGAGAUGUGGAGUGUGAUUUCUGCACCGAGAGAAAACGCAAAGCCGUCAAGUCCUGUCUGAUGUGUGUGGCUUCCUUUUGUGAAACUCAUCUGAAACCGCACUAUCUGUCUCCUGUUUUUCAGAAACACACAUUAACUGAAGCCUCAGCAAAACUACAAGAGAAGAUCUGCUCUCAACAUGACAAACUGAAGGAGAUCUACUGUCGUUCUGAUCAAACCUGCAUCUGUUAUUUGUGUAUGAUGGAUAACCACAAAGGACACGACACCGUCACAGCUGCAGCAGAACGAGCUGAGAAACUGAGUGAGCUAAAGGUGGAGCAGAUGAAAUCCCAGCAGAGAGUCUUGGAGAGGCAGAAGAAGGUGCAGGAGCUGAAACAGGCUGUGAACACUAUAAAGCUGAGUGCACAGACAGCAGUGGAGGACAGUGAGAGGAUCUUUACUGAGCUGAUCAGCUCCAUGGAGAAAAAGCGCUCGGAGGUGACGGAGCUGAUCAGAGCUCAGGAGAAGGCUGAACUGAGUCGAGCUGAACGACUCCUGGAGCAACUGGAGCAGGAGAUUGCUGAUCUUCAGAGGAGAGUCACUGAGCUGGAGGAGCUUUCACACACACACGAUCACAUCCAUUUCCUUCAGACUUUAGCAUCUGGACGUCAGUCUUCCCAACAUGACAGACCAAAUUUUCACACAUCUAACAUCACUGUCAAUCAACAUCUCUCAUUUGAUGGAGUGAGGAAUUCUCUCUCAGACCUGAAAAGUAGAGUCAUGGAAUUCUGCGAGAAGGAAUUCAACAAAAUCCCUCCACAAGCUGUAGCAGUUCAGCAGAUGAUUUCACCAUCAGAGCCAGAAAACAGAGAAGAUUUUCUGAAAUAUUUCUGUAAUCUGACUCUGGAUCCAAACACAGCUUAUCGUAACCUCAGACUGUCUGAGAAGAACAGAGUGGUGAGAUACAGUGAGAGAGAGCAGCAGUACUCUGAUCAUCCAGAGAGAUUUGAAUGCUUCGCUCAGGUGUUGUGUAAGGAGAGUGUGUGUGGACGCUGUUACUGGGAGGUGGAGUGGAGCGGUGAUGGAGGCGUGUUCAUAUCAGUCUCAUAUAAAGGAAUCGGCAGGAAAGGACGGGGUGAUGAGUCUCUGUUUGGACGCAACAAUCAGUCCUGGAGUCUGUUUUGUUCUUCUUCUUCUCUCUCUUUUUAUCACAACAACAUUAAGACUGAGCUCCGAGUUCCAUCAUCCUCCAGAAUAGGAGUGUAUGUGGAUCACAGUGCAGGAACUCUGUCCUUCUACAGCGUCUCUGAUACGAUGAGGCCCUUCCACAGAGUCCACACCACAUUCACUCAGCCUCUGUACGCUGGUUUCUGGGUUGGUAUUUCAUCAGUUGUGAGAUUGUGUGAUCCAAAAUAAUAACUUUAUGGUGUUUAAUGGUCAGGAACAGGUUGAUAAAAAUAUUUCUUCGCUGAUACUCAACUGUGGCGAAAUUUUAAUGUUAAAUCAUUAAAACACAACAUUAAAACAAAUAUGUUGUUUUUAUUGUUCUGGAGGCAGCAAAAUCUUAGCGCAAUCCCGCAGCAUGGCUGUCAGGCCUACACCCCUUUCUCUUAAUGUGGAAAUAAAGUCCAUCUCUACAACAAGCAAUUAUUACAUUUAUGAUGGCGAUGGCGAAGACACCAGCGCGCAUUCAACACCCGUCCCAUUCACAAGGCACGAGAUUUUCCCGUGAUAAAAUUACAUCGUGAGAAAACAGCUUUCUGUUAUAUCGAGAUCAUGAGAAAGCACCUUUUGUUAUGUGGAGCUCAAGAGAAAACAAAUUAAUGAGACUUAUAAGACUUAAGUCGUGAUCAUGAGAAACCAAGAAAGAAAAAAUAAUAAUGCACGGGUUCUUAGGACUUCUGUAAGCAUCGGGUUUUAUUGUUAAAGAUAAUGCAGUUCAUAGAUAUGAAUGAACUGAAUCUUGUAUUAUGUUUGUUACUUUUAUUUCAGUUCUGUUCUACACGAGUGUGAAUGUGUAUGAGGAGAAAAUCUGUAGCAGAAAUCCACAAACUUUUAUUGCUUACAUUUUCAUUUAUACUAUUACAAUGUGCUCUUUACAAAUCUUAAAGAUCAUAACACAAUAGUUUUGUCCUUUUCCCUGGAUAUCAAUUCAGUUAUUCAUGUUGCAGUGCAUGUUAACUAUCUGUGCAUUAACUAUAUUUAAAACGUCCAGUCGAAUCCAUUUCAAUAUAUAUGGAUAACAGCCAACCAUUUUUGCACAAGGACUGGAUAUUGCACAGAAAACAAUAAUUCAUGCUACAAUGCUUUUAAAUUAAGGGAAGAAUUUCCACUUUAAGUUAAAUAUGUUACCUUUAUAUAUUGGUAUAUUGUCCAUGUUACUAAAUUAAAUUUCUAAAUGUACAGAAUUCUAUUCAGUGAGUUUAAUAUAAACCUGCCGUUAUUUACCUCUUUACUAUUUGUUGAACUUAAAUAUUUUACUUAAGUAAAAAAAAAAAAAACAGAAUGUAGUGAAUGCAGUAAGAUUUUGUUACUGAAGAUUUAUUUUUUAAUAAACAUAACGUUAUGCAUGCAAUAUGACUUUAAGAGUUUUAUUA